AGAGCGAGAGAAAGGACUAGAAAUCCCAAACCCAUUUUCUUUCUCUUUGCUUUCUUCAAUUCCUUCACAUUCUCCGUCAUUCUUUUGUUUCCUUUUGAAGCUUUUUCUCAGAUUGACGGUGUUUAUACAUUCAUUCGUUUUCUUUUCCUUUGAGAAUUCAGCUAGACUUUUUUUCACUCAUAGCUAAGAAUUUUGUAUUAUUCUCCUUAAGAUUAAACUUUCUUUACGAGUUUUGGGUUAAUAUAUAAUAACAUUUGAAUCCAAGUCUGGCCCCACCAUCGGCUUGGUGUUUUUUCUUAUGAAUUUCUUGAAGCCAGAAAAUGGCAACUGAACCAGCUUUAACAUUCUCUUUGGCUUCUGUGGUUCAAGAGGUUCUUCAACAGCAUGCUAGUCGUUUGGACGCAAACUCGGCAUCGAGAAAAACUGAAGAAACCUCCUUGAGAAGGUAUGAAGCAGCUGGUUGGCUACGGAAAACAGUUGGAGUUGUUCGAGGGAAAGACUUGCCAGCUGAGCCUUCCGAAGGAGACUUCAGGAUUGGAUUGCGUAGUGGGAUUAUCCUAUGUAGUGUUCUUAACAAAAUUCAACCUGGAACAGUGAAGGUACUUGAAAAACCUAGCGAUUCUGUUAUUGUUCCUGAUGGAGGAACAUCUACAUACCAGUACCAAGAAAAUAUAAAGAAUUUUCUUGUGGCUAUGGAGGACAUGGGGCUUCCUACCUUCGGAGUUUCUGAUUUGGAACAGGGAGGAAACUCUGAGAGGGUAGUGAAUUGCGUUCUAGAGCUAAAGUCUUAUGCCGAACGAAAAGUUGGAGGAGGAAGUGGUUCUGGGAAAUAUAGUGGGGUUGCGAAUGCAAAGCCACCUAUGUCUGGGAAACCAAUUACGAGGAAAAACUCAGAACCAUUCAUGAAGUGUAUGAUUACUGUGCCAUCAGGGGAUAGAGAUGGUGGUUAUAUGAGUGAUCCCGGGCAAGAUCGAAGCGAAAGGGCUUCUUUUUCCUUAAAUUCAAUGGUGCGUCAAUAUUUGUCCGACAAAAAUCCAGAAGAAAUUCUCUCUGCAGUGGAAUCCUUGCUUAGCAAAGUCAUGGAGGAAUGUGAACAUCACAUGCAAAUCCGAUGUAAAAUGUAUAAAACAACUGGGGAAGAUAAAGCACCCUCUGAAACUGUAUGUUCAAUUUUAGAAGCUGCUUCUAUUAAUGAAAUGGUGAAAGAAACGGAAGAUGAACCCGCUGUAGAAGAAGAGCAUGAUGAUCUACAAGAUAAAAAUGAUGUAAAAGAUGAACAAGAUGUACGAGAUGAACAGAAUGUAAAAGUUGAGCGUGACAUUCAAGAUGAACACAAGGAACAAAAUAAACGAGAGGAAAUUUAUGAAAAGAUGUGCAAUGAACACGAAAAAAGAGAACAUGAAAAAUCAAUCCACAAAAUUUCGAUUUCGAAGCAGCAAAAUAUAGUUGCGCGACAAAAUAGAAGCAUCCAGGAAUUGAAAAACAUUGUCCAUCAAACAAAACUAGGAAUGCAAUUGAUGCAAAGUGAACACCAGAAGGAGAUCAUUAAUCUAAGCAAGCACCUAUACAGCCUAACCUGUGCUGCUUCGGGAUACCAUAAAGUUCUUGAAGAAAACCGCAAGUUGUAUAAUGUUGUGCAAGACCUGAAAGGAAAUAUUAGGGUAUACUGUAGAGUCCGACCAUUCUUGGGUGGUCAACCAAGCCAUUAUAGCUCUGUCGGUAACGUGGAAGAUGGAAGUAUCUCAAUCAUAACACCUUCCAAAUACGGUAAAGAGGGGAAGAAGACAUUUAAUUUCAAUAGAGCAUUUGGUCCUUCAGCAACCCAAGGAGAAGUUUUUGCCGACACACAACCUCUUAUUCGUUCUGUUUUGGACGGUUAUAAUGUCUGCAUAUUUGCCUAUGGCCAGACGGGAUCAGGAAAAACAUUCACUAUGUCUGGGCCAGAUGAACUUAACGAUGAGACCAUAGGUGUCAACUAUCGUGCACUAGGAGACCUUUUCUAUCUCUCCGACCAAAGAAAAGAUACAAUUUCUUAUGAAAUCUCUGUUCAGAUGCUUGAGAUUUACAACGAGCAAGUUAGGGACCUACUUACGCCCGAUGCCGCUAAUAAAAGGUUAGACAUCCGCAAUAGUUCCCUUAAUGGCAUCAACGUUCCAGAUGCUAACCUUGUUCGGGUUUCAUGCACUUCUGAUGUCAUAAGUUUGAUGAACUUGGGACAUAAGAAUCGUGCUGUUGGUUCUACUGCCAUGAAUGAUCGUAGUAGUCGCUCUCACAGUUGUCUUACAGUUCAUGUUCAAGGAAAGAACUUGACAUCAGGAGGCACAGUUCGUGGUUCCAUGCAUCUGGUUGAUCUGGCAGGAAGUGAAAGGGCUGAUAAAACUGAGGCUACAGGGGAUAGACUCAAGGAGGCUCAACAUAUCAACAAGUCACUUUCUGCACUGGGAGAUGUAAUUUCUGCACUUGCUCAAAAGAGUCCACAUGUUCCCUACAGGAACAGCAAACUUACUCAGCUACUUCAAGAUUCUCUUGGAGGGCAAGCAAAGACUCUCAUGUUUGUUCAUAUAAGUCCGGAGGCUGAAGCUCUUGGAGAAACACUUAGCACACUCAAGUUCGCUGAACGAGUCUCCACUGUCGAACUCGGUGCAGCGAGAGUUAAUAAAGACAGUUCAGAUGUGAAAGAGCUUAAAGAACAGAUUGCUAGUUUGAAGGCAGCCUUAGCGAGAAAGGAAGGAGAAGCAGAACAGUUUAAUAAUGGUGGCAAUGAAACACCUAAGCAUAAAUCAUAUGCAUCUUCUCCUCCUGUGACAAGGCCUUCGAGUGGUGGAUCUCGUAAGCUAUCAAAGGAUGAUUCUAGUAGCCUGGAUGAUCAGAAACAUGUUGCAUCAACGUUGAAAAGUCAAAGCAUAGAUCUCCAUGACAUGGGUGCCAAUUCACCUCAAUGGCAACCUGUUACAAGUGAAAGAAAGGAGGAAGAUAAAGAAUCAAUUUCUGGAGAUUGGGGUGAUAACAAGAUUUCCAUGAACAGAAACGACAGCAUAACUAGUGAUGAUAGUGUUGUGGGAGCGUGGGAAGUAGAAAGCAAACAAUCUUCUCCGAGGUUAAGUCCCACUUUUCUCUCAGAGCCUUCUAAAAUAUCCCUAGACAACUCCUCUCAUAAAAAGGACAACCAAGACAAUGAAGAAUUACAGAGACCCAGUUUUGAUAUGACUACCACAGAUGAAUCAGAUGAACACGAGAUUGCUACUGUAACUAGUGAUUCUUCUGAGUCAGACUUGCAUUGGCCACCACAAAUACCUAAACCAAUCACCAUUUCCAGUGGAUUAGGCAUUAAAGCGAAGAAAAAAACUAAUCUCAGAUCAAUAAAGAACUCAGACAGCAGGAGUAUGAUCCCAUCAUUCAUUCCUGCGCCCGUGCCUGUGAAUGUGCCUGUGCCUGUUCCCGUUUCAUCAAGGAAACAACAACCCAGCCCAGUUACUCAAGGAAGAAAGCUCCCAGGAUCUUCUGAUGUAAGGAGAAGGUUUGGGAACAGUGCCAAGUGAGAAUAUGUUCUUCUAAGCCUUUUCUCAUUCCUUUGAUGACAUUUUUAUGAGCUUAAUCAUCAUUAAAGAUAUACUUAACAUUCAUUUUCUUCUUCUUUAAAUAUUUAUGGCAUCAAAGUGAUCUUCUAAAGAUUUAAGAUACAUGAAUUGGUUUACGUUAUUGUCAUCGACUCUGACAGAGAAAUCAUUUGAAUGUUGCAACUCUUUAGCACUGGACCAAAUUGAUGUAGGUGUAUGUAUAGACAAUUGAACUAUUAGUUUAGUAUUUUCUUUUUUCUUUUUUAUCUCCUUUUGUAUCUGUAAUUUUGUUCAGGAAUUGAGCAGAAGACCUUCUUUCAUUUUACAUUCUGGUAAAAACAUUAAACCAAUUCUUUGAGUUCAUGUAUUUAUUUAGUAUUCAAUGAACCGUUCUCUACAAGGUUAAAUUAUGUAUCCUUGUAUGGAAGUAUAUAAAACUAGACUUGUACAGUGGGACGCAUAGGUAGGAAUACUUUUAUUUUUGUAAUAUUUUAUAAUUUU